GCGCGCCGAACAGCACAAACCGCAGUUGCAGCCAACAAUGGCUGUGCUGAGUCAGCGAAACGAACGAAGAAGAGCAAAACGAGCGCUCGUCUCCGCACCGACUGAGCAGCAGGCAGUGAAACACAGCAGCCCACGCAGAUUGAUCGCAGCAAGCAGCAAGCAAGCGCGUGAAGCCUCUGCAGCCACACCCACACACCCACACACACCCACAAACAUCAGUGCACACAUUACACACAAACACACUCGCACAAACAACGAACAUGGACCGCAGUGUGGGUGUGUCCACACAGUUUCUUCGACGGUUCUUGGAGGACAUCAAGGAGACGUUCCCAGAGGACCACGGAACACUGACAACAACAGACGUGUGCACCAAAGUGGUGAUUCCACGCACCAAGGCGUCGCAAUGCGCCUACCUGGACCUCAUCAAGAAGGAACACCCGCAAGACGUGGGCCCAGCCAACGUGUUCGUCUCCCAUGCCUGGCGCUACAAGCUCGAGGACGUCGUGGGCACCAUGCUGGAAUUCGCCCAGGCACGACAGAAGCAGCAGCAGGCCCAAGGCAAGGACGAACCAGCCGAGACUUACUUUUGGUUUGACCUCUUCAUCAACAACCAAAACAUUGCCGCUGACCUUCCACAAGAGUGGUGGAGCACGACGUUCAAGGAGUCGAUUGCAUCCAUUGGGCACGUGCUGCUGGUGCUGACUCCCUGGAGCGACCCCAUCCCGCUGACACGCGCCUGGUGCCUGUGGGAAAUCUUCUGCAGCAUCAGCCAAGACAACGUCCAGCUCACCAUCCAGCUGCCGGCGGCCCAGAAGCCCGAGCUGAAACAGGCCAUCCUGGACGACUACGACGCCGUCCUCAACACCCUCGUCCGCGUGCAGGCAGAGCGCGCCGAGGCCUGGAACCCAAAGGACAAGGAAAUGAUCUUCAGGGCCAUCGAGGCCUCGGUGGGGUUCCCAAAGCUCAACGAAACCGUCAAGGACCAGAUGCGCGCCUGGUGCCUGCAAGCCGUCAUGGCGUUUGUGCAGGAGAUGAGCCAGCAGGGCAAGGAGGACACGGAGGAGUUUGGCCGCUUGUGCUUCCAGGCCGGGGCGGUGCUGCACCGGUUCGGCGCCAUGGACCAGGCCAUCCUCUUCUACGACAAGGCCCGCGCCAUCUUCGAGGCCGUCCUCGGCAACGAGCACAAGCUCACGGCGGCAGCGCACGGCCAGCUGGGCCUGGUGCUGGCAGACAGGGGCGCCUUUGACCGCGCCAUCCACCACCACACGCGCGCCCUGGAGCUGAGGCAGGCAACCCUCGGCGAGCAGCACCCAGACACGGGCAUGACGUACAGCAACCUGGGGAUGGUCCACCAGCGCAUGGGCGACGCGAACAAGGCCAUCGCGCUCUUCAGCAAGGCGCUCGAAAUCACGCUGCCCGCGCUCGGAGAGCAGCACCAGACUACCGCGCUCGCAUACUGCAACCUGGCAAACGCGUUUGGGGACAAGGGCGACCAGGACCGCGCCAUCGCCCUGUACACGCAGGGGCUCGACAUCUACAAGCAGACGCUGGGGGAGAACCACCCAACGACGGCGCAGACGUACGGCAACCUCGCCACCGCGUACAACGCAAAGGGCGAGCACGACAAGGCAAUCGACCUCCUCAACACAGAACUGCGGGUCAUGCUGGCAACAUACGGAGAGGACCACGAGCAGACGGCCUCCACCUACAACAACAUCGGCCUGGCGUACACGCAGAAGAAGCAGGCUGCCACUGCGCUGCCGCUGUUCGAGAAGGCACUGAAGGCGAUGCUGGCUGCGGUUGGCGAGCAGCACCCGUCAACGGCCGCCACCCUGACCAACAUGGGCAUGGCGCACCGCGCACUCGGGCAGCACGAUGAGGCGGUGAAGUGCUACACGCGCGCCCUGGACAUCAUGGCCGCCACCCUCGGCGAACGGCAUCCAACAACAGCCAACACCAUCGGCAACCUGGCCAACGUGUACCUGGAGAAGGGCGACGCAGCAAAGGCCCUCGAGCUGAACAAGCGCGCGCUGGAGGUCAAGGUGGCGCUGCUGGGGCCGCACCACCCGGCAACCGCAGAUACGCUGUGCAACCUCGGGCUCGCAUUCCAUCAGGCCGGCGAGCACGAGCAGGCUGCCAAGCACAUCAGGCAGGGCCUCAGCGUCUUCAUCGCCGUGCUCGGCCCCACACACCCGCGCACGCUGCACACACAUCAGCUGCUGCUGCAGCUCACGCAGGCGCAUGCGGUGGCACUGCAGGGCGACAAGAAAGAGCAGGAGGGUCUGCCGGUGCACGCUGCUGAAGAGGCAGCACUGGCUUCCGAGGACAAGGGCACGGACGAGAACGAACAGCAGGCAGAAGCAGAGCAACCACAAACGGAACAGAACAGCGACAGCAACCCCGCUGCAGCUGCAGCACACCAAGAACAAGAACAUGAGGAACAAGAGGGCAAGAAACAAGUUGACGCUGAAAUUGAAGACGAAAAAGAAGAAGAACGACAACAACAACAACAACAACAACAACAACAACAACAACAACAACAACAACAGCAGCAGCAGCAGCAGCAGCAGCAGCAGCAGCACCAACAGCACCAACAGCAGCACCAACAACAACAACAACAACAACAACAACAACAACAACAACAACAACAACAGCAGCAGCAGCAGCAGCAGCAGCAGCAGCAGCAGCAGCACCAACAACGUGAUGGUGAUAAUAGCAUGGCGACCGAGAACUCGUCGCGCAACGAGCAACGAGAAGAGCGCGGCGUCAACAACGCACAAACCACCCAUGAAACGCCAGUGCACGGGCCAGGCAGUGCUGCGCAAGAGACCGCGGCAACAUCAAGUGGCAGCCAGAACCAAGGCGGCAACACAAGCUGUUGCGUGUUGUUGUGAGGGGGGAGGAUGAAUGUCUGCGCUUUGGUUCAUUGUGAAUCUGUCCACCUCUUGUCGUUUCUCACGCACACUUCCCUGUUUCCUCCUUUCCCACCUGUCUGUGGCGCGGCCUUCUGCUUGUGUGCGCAUUCUUCUUGUUUGUGUGUUGUUGCACCAUCCGUGACCAACAGACAGCAACAGCAGCAUUGAGCUUGCACCACCCUGGCACCACUCGCAACCUGUCACUUGUACCCGUUGCAUGCAUACACAUUUACUGAAC